GAGUCGCAAUUAUUGGAAGUGGACCCUCAGGCCUUGCUACUGCUGAUCAGUUAAAUAGACUGGGUCAUAGUGUCACAGCGCUUGAACGUGCUGAUAGGAUUGGUGGUCUGAUGAUGUAUGGUGUGCCCAACAUGAAGACGGACAAAAUUGAUGUCGUUCAGAGGCGGGUUGACCUUAUGGAGAAGAAAGGGGUGAAGUUUGUAGUAAAUGUAAAUGUCGGAAAUGAUCCUGCGUUCGCCUUGGAUUGGCUUUGUGAAGAUCAUGACGCAAUUGUUUUGGCUGUUGGAGCCACAAAGCCAAGGGACCUUCCCGUUCCUGGAAGAGACCUCUCAGGAGUCCAUUUUGUAAUGGAGUUUCUACACGCAAACACAAAAAGUUUGCUUGAUAGCAAUCUGCAGGAUGAAAAAUACAUUUUCGCCAAGGGCAAGAAGGUGGUUGUUAUUAGUAGAGGUGAUACUGGGAAAGAUUGUAUAGGAACAUCUUCUCGUCAUGGCUGCAGCAGUAUAGUUAAUCUAAAGCUUCUCCCUCAGCCACCAAAUACUAGGGCUCCUGGAAAUCCUUGUCCACAGUGGCCUCGUAUCUUCCGUGUAGAUUAUGGGCAUCAGGAAGCUGCUGCAAAGUUUGGUAAGGACCCAAGAUCCUACGAGGUUUUGACCAAGGGGUUCAUUGGAGAUGAAAAUGAAAAUGUGAAUGGAUUGGAGGUGAUACGUGUACAGUGGGAGAAAGAUGCAAGUGGAAAAUUCCAAUUAUUGCCUCUUUUUACCUGGUGCUCUGAUGAAAUUGUAUUGAUAUUGACUGGUUAUCGCCGUGUUUGAAUUUUAUUCAGACAAUAGCAAACAAACUGGGAUUAGAAUGCAAUAACGAAAUUCUCAGACAUAAUUUGUAAGAUAUUG